AGGGAGCCAGGCAGUGAAUGACCCUGAGAGGUUGCCGUCAGAUUAGACGUCGCGCGUGCGCAGGCGCUCGGCGUAGAGGCCUGCCGGAAGCCAAAAUGGCGCUUAGGUGUUUUGCGGACUGUAGUUGGCGCCUUAUCAAUAUCUGAGCUGCGUGUUUUGCUUGGGCCAGUUCGGAACGCCCCCCUUUGCGGCCAUGGCCCGGCAUCGGAAUGUUCGAGGCUAUAACUACGAUGAAGAUUUUGAAGAUGAUGACCUCUAUGGGCAGUCUGUAGAAGAUGAUUACUGCAUCUCUCCAUCAACAGCUCGUCUUUACUCAUGCCUUGAAUACAUGAGAGAAGUACUUGGAGAUGCUGUACCAGAUGAACUAUUGAUUGAAGCAGUUCUCAAAAGCAAGUUUGAUGUACAGAAGGCUUUGGCCAUGAUUCUCGAACAAGAUAGAAUACAGAAUUUGAAGGUCAAGAGUGAGGGAGCAAUUUCUGCAGGAAAGAUAGCAAAAGGAAAAUCAGUAGACUCCCAGUCAUCUCGAAGUGAUUCUGAAAUUGUGCCAAAAGUUGCUAAAAUGACUGUAUCUGGAAAGAAGCAAACUAUGGGAUUUGAAGUUCCUGGACUAACUGCGGAAGACAAUGGUCAUAGUUUCCACACACCUCAGAGAGGACUUCCCAGUGAAGAUGUCAGCAUUGCUGCUUCUGAUGCUCUUGACACUGUUUCUAAAUCACCUCUUCCAGCCCACACCAUUCAUGCAUCUGAAGAACAGAGUUCAGCACCAACGCCAGUGAAAAAGUCUAGCAAAGUGAGGCAGAAGAUAGAUGUGAAAGCAGAACUGGAGAAUCGCCAAGGGGGGAAGCAGCUCCUCAACUUAGUGGUCAUUGGUCAUGUUGAUGCUGGGAAAAGUACACUGAUGGGCCAUAUGCUGUAUCUUCUGGGCAAUGUAAACAAGAGAACCAUGCACAAGUACGAACAAGAGUCUAAAAAGGCUGGCAAAGCCUCGUUUGCAUAUGCAUGGGUCUUGGAUGAGACUGGAGAAGAAAGGGAAAGGGGAGUAACAAUGGAUGUUGGUAUGACAAAGUUUGAAACCAAAACCAAAAUUAUUACAUUAAUGGAUGCUCCAGGCCAUAAGGAUUUCAUUCCCAACAUGAUUACAGGAGCAGCCCAGGCGGAUGUAGCUGUUUUAGUUGUGGAUGCUAGUAGGGGAGAGUUUGAAGCCGGAUUUGAGACUGGAGGACAGACGCGAGAACAUGGCCUCUUAGUCCGUUCUCUGGGAGUGACACAACUUGCAGUUGCAAUCAAUAAAAUGGAUCAGGUUAAUUGGCAACAAGAAAGGUUUCAAGAGAUUACUGGAAAACUUGGUCACUUUCUUAAGCAAGCAGGCUUUAAGGAGAGUGAUGUAGCAUUUAUUCCUACGAGUGGUCUCAGUGGUGAAAAUCUAAUCGCAAGAUCUCAAUCGAGUGAACUCAUAAAAUGGUAUAAAGGAUUAUGCUUAUUAGAACAAAUUGAUUCCUUCAAGCCACCUCAGCGGUCUGUUGACAAGCCUUUCAGGUUAUGUGUCUCAGAUGUUUUCAAAGAUCAAGGAUCUGGAUUUUGUGUAACUGGCAAAAUUGAAGCCGGUUAUAUCCAGACUGGUGACCGACUGCUAGCCAUGCCUCCUAAUGAAACUUGUACUGCAAAAGGAAUCACCCUGCACGAUGAACCUGUCGACUGGGCGGCAGCUGGAGAUCACGUCAGUCUUACAUUGGUUGGGAUGGAUAUCAUCAAAAUCAAUGUUGGCUGCAUCUUUUGUGGCCCCAGAGAUCCUAUUAAAGCUUGCACUCGUUUCCGAGCCCGAAUCCUCAUCUUUAAUAUUGAAAUUCCUGUCACUAAAGGAUUUCCUGUGCUGUUACACUACCAAACUGUCAGUGAGCCGGCCGUUAUUAAAAGAUUGAUCAGUGUCUUAAACAAGAACACAGGCGAAGUCACAAAGAAAAAACCUAAAUUAUUGACUAAAGGCCAGAACGCAUUGGUGGAGCUACAGACACAAAGACCGAUUGCUCUUGAGCUUUACAAGGACUUUAAAGAGCUCGGGAGGUUCAUGCUGCGCUAUGGCGGUUCUACAAUAGCUGCUGGUGUCGUCACCGAGAUAAAAGAAUGAUGGACCUGAAUUUCUGUCCUGUUACCAAAUGCAGUGAAACAGCUAACUUCUGUUAGUAAAGAAUCUAAUUAUUCAGAUUAAAGGAACAAUGUGCAGUUGAAAUUUUUAAAUGAGGGAAAAAUAAAGCUAUAAUGAGCUGCCAAGAAGUAUUAAUAAUCACUCUAGCAAACACUUUAAGUUGCCAACUGGCAAAGAAAAGCUAAUAUUGUAUAAUUUUAUUUUUAAAGAAAAAUGAUUUUUUUCCUUUGAAAUUUUAGUGAAUGGAUUUACCUUGCCGAGAUUUAUGGAAACUACCAGAACUCUGUAUUAGAAGCUAUUGACUUAUCAUGAAAUGAACUUUUCUUCAGCCAAACUACAAAAUGUUUACAGUUUUCUCUUUCGAUUUUCAAUUUUACUGCAUACUUUUUCAGGAAAAGUAACUAAAUUGGAUUGUUGCAGUAGUUAAUAUUUAACCU